AGAUACUAAUCAAACAUCUGUCAAAAUGUCGAGGAUCGGAAAUCAAGGUUUUCUUAGAACUGUAUGGAAUUACUUCACGAAGGUAAGACCUGCAAGGAGAAAAAUUAAAGAAGAGAUCGUGGGAACUGAUUAUGCAGGCAACCAGUACAUUUUGAAACAUGGAGAUAAGGAAACUGGUGUAAAAGAGUCUCGUCUGGUCAUACCAUCUGAAGAAUCUGUAGAGAUGUAUACUGAAAGGCUUGGCAUGAAUAUCCCACAGGAGUGGGAUGCUUGGUUGAGACACAGACGGGAUGAUCCACCAACGUUAGAGGAACUUGAGAUGAACAAAUUGAAGAAACUUAAAUUGCAACAAAGAGUGAGAGAGCUUGAAAUCAAGGAGAGGCUGGAAAAGGGUGAAGAUAUAAAAGAGAUUGAUUGUAAUACAAAAACAGAUGCUCUAAGCACAGAUGUAACACAAAACAUUUCUGGCGAUACAACUAAAUCUCCUUUUCCAACUUACGAUGAUUUGGAACGGACACCUGGGGAAAUUCGCAAUCGGCCAAAAGAAUGACAUAGAGCAGAAAAGUUUGUUCCUUUUCCCUUUAAAAUGAAUAUUAAAUGUAAAUAUUGUUGUUAAUACCAUAAUUGCUGAUUUUGCUAAGUAUUAAAUUGCUCAAAAGCAUAA